AAGCUCCUGUCGCCCGGGGACUCCGAGCCAGAGCGCAGCGGCGAGCAUGACUCCGCCACCAGGGCCCUGGCUCUCUCCCCCGGCCCAGCUCACUUCGCUGCGCCAGCGCCGCGGGCAGUGAGUUCGGGGGACAGGGGAACCCGGGGCUCCCUCGCACCAACCCCAAGUCCUGCCCCCUGGCGAUGAGGCUUUGCUAGGGCACCUCCACACUCCGGGUAUGAGGGAGGAGGAAGGGACUGAGGGGUCCCCCCAUCGCCAGCUGGGAACAGGCUGGGAGGCCGACAGGAGGGCCUGAAAAAGGAGAAGGAGUUGCCGCAAGGUUGGGGGCGCAGGGUGAUAGCGGCUUGGAGCUCGUGAGAAAGACCUGGGUGGGGCCCGCCAGGCCAAAGGAGGUAACCCGGAGCCCGGCCCUUGCCAGUCCCGGGGCUCGGGGCGGGAGAGAUCAUGGCCCGCCUCUUCAGCCCCCGGCCGCCCCCCAGCGAAGACCUCUUCUACGAGACCUACUACAGCCUGAGCCAGCAGUACCCGCUGCUGCUGCUGCUGCUGGGGAUCGUGCUCUGCGCGCUCGCGGCGCUGCUCGCCGUGGCCUGGGCCAGCGGCAGGGAGCUGGCCUCAGACCCGACCUUCCUGACCACUGUGCUGUGCGCGCUGGGCGGCUUCUCGCUGCUGCUGGGCCUCGCUUCCCGCGAGCACCGACUGCAGCGCUGGACGCGACCCCUGUCGGGCUUGGUGUGGGCCGCGCUGCUAGCGCUAGGCCACGCCUUCCUGUUCACCGGGGGCGUGGUGAGCGCCUGGGACCAGGUGUCCUAUUUUCUCUUCGUCAUCUUCACGGUGUAUGCCAUGCUGCCCUUGGGCAUGCGAGACGCCGCCGUCGCGGGCCUCGCCUCCUCACUCUCGCAUCUGCUGGUCCUCGGGCUGUAUCUUGGGCCACAGCCGGACUCACGGCCUGCACUGCUGCCGCAGUUGGCAGCAAACGCCGUGCUGUUUCUGUGCGGGAACGUGCUGGGAGUGUACCAUAAGGCGCUGAUGGAGCGCGCCCUGCGGGCCACGUUCCGGGAGGCGCUCAGCUCCCUGCACUCGCGACGGAGGCUGGACACUGAGAAGAAACACCAGGAACACCUUCUUUUGUCCAUCCUUCCUGCCUACCUGGCCCAAGAGAUGAAGGCAGAGAUCAUGGCACGGCUGCAGGCAGGACAGGGGUCACGGCCAGAGAGCACCAACAAUUUCCACAGCCUCUAUGUCAAGAGGCACCAGGGAGUCAGCGUGCUGUAUGCUGACAUCGUGGGCUUCACACGGCUGGCCAGCGAGUGUUCCCCUAAGGAGCUGGUGCUCAUGCUCAAUGAGCUUUUUGGCAAGUUCGACCAGAUUGCCAAGGAGCAUGAAUGUAUGCGGAUCAAGAUCCUGGGGGACUGUUACUACUGUGUCUCUGGACUGCCACUCUCACUGCCAGACCAUGCCAUCAACUGCGUGCGCAUGGGGCUGGACAUGUGCCGGGCCAUCAGGAAACUUCGGGCAGCCACCGGCGUGGACAUCAACAUGCGUGUGGGUGUGCACUCAGGCAGCGUACUCUGCGGAGUCAUCGGGCUGCAGAAGUGGCAGUAUGAUGUUUGGUCCCAUGAUGUCACACUGGCUAACCACAUGGAGGCAGGCGGUGUACCAGGGCGAGUGCACAUCACAGGGGCUACCCUGGCCCUGUUGGCAGGGGCUUAUGCUGUGGAGGACGCAGGCAUGGAACAUCGGGACCCCUACCUUCGGGAGCUAGGGGAGCCUACCUACCUGGUCAUCGAUCCACGGGCAGAGGAGGAGGAUGAGAAGGGCACUGCACGGGGCUUGCUGUCUUCGCUCGAGGGCCCCAAGAUGCGUCCAUCAGUGCUGAUGACCCGCUACCUGGAGUCCUGGGGCGCAGCCAAGCCUUUUGCCCACCUGAGCCACGUCGAGAGCCUGGUGUCCACCUCCACCCCUCUCCCGGAGAAGGCCCUGGCUUCCUUCAGCCCCCAGUGGAGCCUGGAUCGGAGCCGUACUCCCCGGGGACUAGAUGAUGAACUUGACACCGGGGAUGCCAAGUUCUUCCAGGUCAUUGAGCAGCUCAACUCACAGAAACAGUGGAAGCAGUCAAAGGACUUCAACCCACUGACACUGUACUUCAGAGAGAAGGAGAUGGAGAAAGAGUACCGACUCUCUGCACUCCCCGCCUUCAAAUACUAUGAAGCCUGCACCUUCCUGGUUUUUCUCUCCAACUUCAUCAUCCAGAUGCUAGUGACAAACAGGCCCCCGGCUCUGGCCAUCACCUAUAGCAUCACCUUCCUCCUCUUCCUCCUCCUCCUUUUUGUCUGCUUCUCAGAGGACCUGAUGAGGUGUGUCCUGAAAGGCCCCAAGAUGCUGCACUGGCUGCCUGCACUGUCUGGCCUUGUGGCCACACGACCAGGACUGAGAAUAGCCUUGGGCACCGCCACCAUCCUCCUUGUCUUUGGCAUGGCCAUUACCAGCCUGUUCUUCUUCCCAGCAUCAUCAGACUGCCCUUUCCAAGCUCUCAAUGUGUCCUCCAUGACUUCCAACCUCUCCUGGGAGCUCCCUGGGUCUCUGCCUCUCAUCAGUCUCCCAUACUCCAUGCACUGCUGCGUGCUGGGCUUCCUCUCCUGCUCCCUCUUUCUGCACAUGAGCUUCGAGCUGAAGCUGCUGCUGCUCCUGCUGUGGCUGGUGGCCUCCUGCUCCCUCUUCCUGCACUCCCAUGCCUGGCUGUCUGACUGCCUCAUCGCCUGCCUCUAUCUGGGCCCCUUGGACUCCAGGCCAGGAGUGCUGAAGGAGCCCAAACUGAUGGGUGCUAUCUCCUUCUUCAUCUUCUUCUUCACCCUCCUUGUCCUGGCUCGUCAGAAUGAGUACUACUGCCGCCUGGACUUCCUGUGGAAGAAGAAGCUGAGGCAGGAGCGGGAGGAGACAGAGACGAUGGAGAAUCUGACUCGGCUGCUCUUGGAGAAUGUGCUCCCUGCACACGUGGCCCCCCAGUUCAUUGGCCAGAACCGGCGCAACGAGGAUCUCUACCACCAGUCCUACGAAUGUGUUUGUGUCCUCUUCGCCUCAGUCCCGGACUUCAAGGAGUUCUACUCUGAAUCUGACAUCAAUCAUGAGGGCCUAGAGUGUCUGAGGCUGCUCAACGAGAUAAUUGCUGAUUUUGAUGAGCUGCUCUCCAAGCCCAAGUUCAGUGGGGUGGAGAAGAUCAAAACCAUCGGCAGCACCUACAUGGCAGCCACAGGCUUAAAUGCCACCUCUGGACCGGAUGCACAACAGGAUGCUGAGCGGAGCUGCAGCCACCUUGGCACUAUGGUAGAGUUUGCCGUGGCCCUGGGGUCUAAGCUGGAUGUCAUCAACAAGCACUCAUUCAACAACUUCCGCCUGCGUGUGGGGUUGAACCAUGGGCCAGUAGUAGCUGGAGUGAUUGGAGCCCAGAAGCCGCAAUAUGACAUUUGGGGCAACACAGUGAAUGUGGCCAGCCGCAUGGAGAGCACAGGAGUCCUUGGCAAAAUCCAAGUGACUGAGGAGACAGCCUGGGCCCUACAGUCCCUGGGCUACACCUGCUACAGCCGGGGUGUCAUCAAGGUGAAAGGCAAAGGGCAGCUCUGCACCUACUUUCUGAACACAGACUUGACACGAACUGGACCUCCUUCAGCCACCCUAGGCUGAGACCCCAUUCCCCUUCUAAGAACCUCAAUAAAGAGAAGACUCUGGGAUGUCUGGAGCCCAUUGA